AUGAUGAAGAGGCCGGUGGACCAUGUGGUGUCCUUCGUGCUGGCUGAGUUCGGCACGGAAGGCUCUGUGGCGGGCAGCGCCACUACGCGAGCAGAGGGUCAGGGACAGGAUGGCCAGCUCGUCCUUAAGGGCCGGUAUCAGCCAAAGCACUGCGAGAGCCUCCUCCGCAAGUACAUCAAGGAGUACGUGACCUGCGAGAUGUGCAAGUCGGCCAGUACCACACUCCGGAAGGACUCCUCAACGCGACUCACGAUGGUGGAGUGCUCGAAGUGCGGCGCCUCACGGACGGCGGCGUCCAUCAAGGCGGGUUUCCAUGCCGUGACACGCGGAGACCGAAAGGCGGCCAAGCAGGCCAAAUAG